UCUGCCAGUGACCAACUCAAUCUAUCGAAGCCGUACUCUAUACGAACUCAGACAAGUAUAUGAGCCCUCGAGAGGGGCAGCUACGCUGCAAUCUAGCGACUUUGCUCCCCGCGUAGUACCAGCUAAGGUCCGGCAUGUCUACCCCCGUCGCUGAUGAUGCGCGAGCCAACUUGGGCACAUUUCUCAUAGGAAAUCUCGCGGAUGCUGUAUUAUUCGGCGUGACUACAGUGCAGACAUACAACUAUUUGAUGUCUCGCAGUUCGGACAGUAUCAUGUUGGGUAUUUUGUUGUCGUUGUGCUGGAUCAUUGAUACUCUGCAACUCUCAUUCUUCAGUCAUCUUACCUAUAGCUACGCCGUCACAGAUGUCGGCGACUUUGCGGCACUCGGUAAAAUCCUGUGGUGUUUUCCCGCAAUAAUUUUCUUGACUGGAUUGAGCGACUUCAUUGUACGAAGCUUGUUUUGCUAUCGUAUCUGGAAGUUGAGCGAGCGAAACGCGGCUCUCGCCGUAGCACUAUGCUUCAACAGCAUCACAGUCUUUGCACUGAACUGCGGCCUCGUGGCUAAGACUACCUCCAUCCAAACAAUCGAUGCAUUCAGGAGCAAAACCUUAUCGGGCUUGAUCUAUGCGGGCCUCGUCGACUGUCUAUGCGGAAACAUUCUGAUAGCAAUGUCUUUGUACAUCAUCCUGAAAAAACAUCUAAGGGCUGCUUCCAACUCCAGGACUACUUUCGUUGUGCGCACGCUGAUUGCUUAUAGCGUCGAAACUGGUGCCACGACGAGCAUAUGCGCUCUGAUCUGCCUUGUUACAUACGCAGCCAUGACGCACAACAGCAUAUAUAUUGCGCUGUAUUCAGUGCUGUCUAAAGUCUCUUUGAACGCCCUUUUAGCCACUCUCAACGCCAGGCGUGGCCUCCGAGCCAAUGACGAGCUUCGCGGAGAAGGAAUCAUUUCUGUAGCGGGAUCGGUAGCCAAGCUCCUCAGCGGGAAGGUGAACACGGAUAGAAGGUGUGGAAGGGACAUUCAAGUCACCGUUCAGACGACUGUCGACCAGUUGGUCGAUGGAGAACCUCUGCCGAAGACCUCAAUGCUACAGUACCCGGGCGGCGACUCCUCACUCACAGAAACAGUCGAAUGAGGAUCUCCUAGACGACGGGCGGCAAGAGUCCGAUUCCUCACCGGACGCGCACUGUCAAAUCACCCGGACAGUGCGCUCGCCACAAACGUUUGUGAUUUGCAUGGAAGCCAGUAUUUAUGCACCGAUAACAGAAGGCAAGAACCGAAAAUAACAUAGUUGGUUCAAGCAGCACUCCGCUUGGACAUCUUCUCUUUGCGUUUUCUACC